ACAGAGUCAGCGUGAAUUAUUCCACUUGCACCAUUGAGAAAUACGGAUCUCCAGUUUGUAGUAUUGUGUUGUGUUCACAAUGCGGGUGCACAGUCUCGAGCGCAGUAAUGAAGUGACAGUGGUGAUGAUAUAAUGUACCUUCAUUGUGUCAUUACAGUUGGCGAGCAAAGCGGCAAACACCAGAGAGCUAUGUGUGGAAGAAGAGCAGCAGAGAGAUGGCGAGGGGAUUGCGGCCGCUGCCGAGCAGGAGCACGACCGGGUCCUGCAGGAGAUCCUCGAUGAGGUGCAGCGUGUCCGCGGCUGGGUGCGGGAGGUGCGCGAGAACACAGCGCGAGUCCGCCGCCUGCACGCUGACCCCACCUUCCACACCAACACGGGAGCAGUUAGACUCGCUGGUGACUGCCACCGCCGGCCUCGGGCUGAAGGUAUGCGGCGCGCUGCGGCAGCUGGAGGAGCGCGCGGGCAGCACGAAGGGUGCGGCCGGGGGAGUGCGGGGGCGCAUCGCCCGCCUGCAGUGUCGCAGCACGCGGCGGCAGUAUGGCGACGCACUGGCUGAACAUCAGCACGCACUGCAGCUUCUGCGAGACUACCAGCUACGACUGCUCCGGGACCAGCUCAGGCUCACCAACCUCGCCGUCACGGAGGAGGAAUGCGAACGACUGCUGGACUCCAACAGCACCGCGCUCUUUGUCGAUAAUGUGGAGGCUGAGACGGCGGCGGCCCGCGUGGCACUGCGCGACGCCGAGCAGCGGCGCGCAGAAUUGGCGCGAGUGGAGACCGCGCUACUUCAAGUGCGGGAGCUGUUCCAGCAGCUGGCUCACCUGGUGACCGCGCAGCAAGAUCAGAUCGACAGUGUGGAGUACUACGCGCUGCAGGCCAGCGAGCACGUGGAGACCGGCGGACACGAGCUGCUCCAGGGGUCCGUCGUCAGGAGGAAGGCGAGAAAGAAAAAGCUUGGCCUCAUACUGUGCCUCACUUCAGGAUUUUUCAUCGUGUUAUUUGUUUUAGUUUACACUUAGAAUAUGUAAUGCUGUUGAACAAGAUCAGCUUUUGUGAUUGCUAAACAAUAAUUUCUUAAUUACGUACGUGUCAAUAAGCCGGUAAGGACCAUUUUAUAAAAAUUAUCUAGUCAUAAAAUUAAGAAUAAUAUUAAUUAAAUAAUUUUUCUUAUUAAUGAAAGAAGGUGACCUAAUGAAUUAAUAAUUUAUAUUUGUAAUUUUUUUUUGUAAUUUGUAAGUUAAUUGAUUUAAAUUAAUCAACUUUGAAAAUAGAAUAAAUGUGUAUUCUAA